AAAAUCGAUAAACACACUUUUGUUAAUAUUUGUUAAAUAUAAAACAUAAUGGCUGAUGGUGAUAAUUCAAAUGCUCUUUACGAUAUUAUUCGUAAGGAGCUCAACUUAAUAAUCAGUGAUGGCGACACGUCUACGAAAAAUAUUCAUUCGGCAAGAAUUGCAAAGAAUAAAUUUGAGGAUGAUAAAUGUCUUAAGCAACAAGAGACUACCGAGGUUACUGACAAUUUAAUUAAUUAUUCAGACACUUUCAAGGAGGUACCGUCCGCUAGGGAACAUCUUUCCACGCUCCUCUCAAGCAAAAUUUUACAGUUACCUUCUAAUGAAGCCCCAGGUGCCGCAAUUGACACUGAUCUUCAAAAAAUGCGCUUCGACUUGCAACAAAGCUACGAGCUCUUUCAGGCAAUGGGUGAACGAUUUCAAGCUAUUAAUUUUCGUUCACUCAAACGUCGUAUUAAAGAUAUGAACUUGAACAAAAGUGAUCGAUCAAGUAAAUUAGAACAAGAAGUUAAGGAUGUGUUGAAAAAGCACUAUGACGAUAACACACUGAGCAGCUUAACAACUGAGAUGGGCGUUAGGUUUCAACAGCAUCCAGGCGAGUUUGGCAAUAUACCCGAAUUGAGUGAGUUUUUUCAAACUUGCACGCAAUUACAACACGGUUUAGAACAAAUAAAGCGACAGCGACAAUCCGUUAGUAAAUUAACGAAACGUAUAACUAAUGCUACGGAAGCUUCAUACAAGCGUAUCGAUCAUAUUCAUUCCAUUAUGAGCACCAGAAAAUCGGGCAAAUGAUCAUUACAAAAGGACUAAUGUAAAAAUCUAAUUUCCUUGUCUUAUAUAAAUUUAUACAUUCAUACAUAUA